AUGCUCCAAGCUAGUCAUAUUACUCCUUCACAUAGUCCUUGGGCAUCUCCAAUCGUAUUAUCCCCUAAAAAAGAUGGUACACUCAGAUUUUGUGUUGAUUAUCGAAAGUUGAAUGCUAAUACAAUUCGUACAGCAUAUCCUAUGCCUCAAGUUGACGAUACCCUUGAUUCACUCAGGGAAGCAGCGUUUAUUACUCAUCGCGGCCUCUAUGAAUUUUUAGUCAUGCCUUUUGGACUGUCUAAUGCUCCUGCCACAUUUCAGAGAUUAAUGGAUCUUAUCUUAGCUGAAAUAAAAUGGCAGUCAUGUCUUGUCUAUAUAGAUGAUAUUAUCGUAUUCUCUUCCACCUUUGAACAACAUCUUAAAGAUUUAUCCUCUGUCUUUGAUCGUCUCAAAACUGCUGGACUUAUUCUUAAAGCCUCAAAAUGUGAUUUUUGUAGAAAAGAAUUAAAGUACUUAGGACAUAUUAUUACUCCUGACGGUAUUAAACCUGAUCCCGGUCUAAUCGAUUCCGUGAAACUUUUUCCUCAACCUACACGAUUAAAAGACAUUCAAUCAUUUUUAGGCUUAACUGGAUACUACAGAAAAUUUAUAAAAGAUUACGCUAAAAUACGUUCUCAUCAAAAAUCUAAACGUCCACCAAAUAAUAUAGAAUGGUCUGUUGAGUGUACUAUAGCCUUUGAACGAUUAAAAACUGCACUUACUCAGGCUCCUAUACUUCGAGCUCCAAAUUUUAAUGAACCUUUCAUUUUGGAAACAGAUGCCUGUGAUUAUGGUCUUGUUGCUGUCCUUACUCAAGAAUAUGAUAAUAAAAAAAUUUGUUAUUGCUUACGCUAG